AUGGGGAUUCGCUUUAGUCCUCGGGAAGGUGAUUGUAUUGAAAUUCUGCAGGGGUUCAUAACAGGUAAUUCUCUUCCCUCCCACGGCUUCAUCUCCAUAGCCGACCUCUACGGCCAAAAGGAGCCUUGGGAGCUGUUCGAAGAUUCCCAGGUAAAAGACGGCCGUGGCUGUCGUUAUUUCUUCACCAAACUCAAGAAAGUCGGCGCCAAGAAGGGAAGGAGUUACCAGCGCUACUCGAGGAACGUUGGGGCCGGCGGGAAUUGGUCGAACAAAGGGCAGAAAUCCGACAUCAUCGGCCCCAAGGGCAACAUCAUCGGCCACGCUCGAACUUUCCGCUACCAGGCGAGAAACUCGGACGACGUGGGGCCCACGCGCGGCGAGUGGGCCCUGAAGGAGUACUCCCUUCCGGAAUCCACAUCUCUCAGGGUUGACGAGGACAGGCGGGACUACGUUCUGUGCGUACUCAAGAAGAAGAAGGAGAAGACCACAACAACUACAACGUCAGGACGUGGUGUUGUCCAAGCUGUCGAAGCAGAUCUGGGCUACCUAAUGGCCACGCUGGCACCCACGUCAACGGUCAAGGGUCAUGUGGGGUCGCUUGACUAUCCAGCGACAGGUGGCGAAGAUUACUGUUGUGAUGAGCAGGGCAUGGGGGUGACAGGUGGGCAAGUGGUGUGGCCGUCGGAUAUCGAGAGGUGGCUGAAUGAUGAUGAGGUUUUGGAGGGCGAUUCUAAUUUUGAGUUGAAGGACGUGGAUAAUUGGUUGCAUGCGAAUGGGUUCCAUUGGUCGAGUGAUUUGCCCAUAAUUGCUAGCUAG